AUGGCUAACCGGUUUGUCAGUGUUCUGUGUGUUGUAGGUCUCUGGACCGCUCUUGUCCAUUCCCUGGCCGAAAUUUCACCCGAACCUUUGAGGAUUGCGGCUUUCAAUAUUAGGGUGUUUGGAAUAAAAAAAUUACGCAAUGCGGAGGUAAAGGCUACUUUGGCCAAGUUUGUCCUGUCAUCUGCCCAGUUUUUCAAAGCACCUCUUCAAUUUGUCCUGUCAUCUGUCGUGUUUGUCCUGGCACCUCUCCAGUUUCUCCUGUCAUCUGUCCUGUUUCUACCGGCACCUCUCCAGUUUUUCCUGUCUUGUGUCGUGUUUGCCAUGACAUUUGUCCUGUUUGUCCUAUACCAGAUUAUCCAGCGCUAUGAUUUGGUCGUCGUCCAGGAAAUCCGAGACAGCACGUCAACGGCGUUUACUAUGCUAAAGGAGGAACUUAAUAAGCUAUCUCCAUUGGCCCCAUUUGACACUGUGGUCAGUGAAAGGCUCGGGAGAUCAAACAGCAAAGAACAGUACGGAUUCCUCUUCAGGCCUAGCCGCCUCACCCCCACCGGCGUCUAUCAAUUUGAUGACGACAUAAAUAACAGUACAGACGUCUUUGAACGAGAACCGUUUGCAGUUCGAUUUCAUUGUGCAUUCACGGAGCUUCAGGAUUUUGCUGUCAUAGCAACCCACAUAGCCCCACGUGACGCAGUGGCGGAAAUUGACAAACUGACAUAUGUAUAUCAUGAAGUGGGCGACCACUGGGAUUUAGAGGCUGUUCUUUUGGCGGGAGACUUUAACGCUGACUGUUCCUAUCUCAGAGGAGCCAAAUGGGAAAACGUGUCAUUGAGGACGGACGAGGAGUUUCAUUGGCUUAUCGCUGAUUCCGAAGACACGACAGUUACGUACUCGGACUGCAGCUACGACAGAUUUGUGACUGCUAGUGCAGAUAUCCUGACAAACCUAGUGCCCGGAAGUGUGCGUGUAUACCACUUUGAUGCGGACCUGAAGCUCACUUAUAAGGAGGCUUUGGCGAUUAGUGAUCACUAUCCCAUUGAACUCCAGCUUAAAACCAGAGUUAACAGAGAAAUCCAAGCCCGUUAUCGAAGUGGCAUCUCAUUUGUCGUGUCGAGCGACGAUCCUGUGACUAAUAACAAUGACAUUAGACGAAUUUACCGUAAACGAAACCAUUGGCUGAGUACACAUGUUUUCUACGACACCUCCCGGAUGCAGCACGUGACAGCCACAAUGUUCCAUGUACGAGACGUUUUGGGGAAGCUACUUAAAUUUUCAAAGACAUACCCAAGAGUGUUGUCCGAUGAUCUUCUCGCCUUGGUUGAUGCUUACUUGGCAACUCCACAAUUCACGACCAAUGUCUUCAUAAACGGCCUUGACAUACAAGCAACUCAUCACUAUGACGUCACUGUGACGUGCAGACUGCAGUCUCCUUACACAUGUGAGGUCAAGGUCACUAAAUUCCUGACCUGA